UUCAGGGACGUUUUCACCCACAAAGUUCCAUUUGAUAUGGAAAUAGAUGACGAUGCAAACGACAUCCAGAUAAUACCUUUUAUAUCAAGUAUAAGCUCACAGUUGAAUGAGUUGAAUGACAAAUUAGCCGACGAACAGAUCGAAGAAUAUUUUCAGAGCAAGGCAAGACGAUGUCUUCACUACACGCUUUCUUAUAACCAAUUCGUUAGAUUUGUAACCAGAAAGUGUAUUACCCGGUUCUUCUUACACCCUAAUAGACAAAAGACGCUCCAUCGACAGUCAAUUUGUUCUCUCCUCACGUCAAUACAUUCGCAUCUCCUAUUAUCCUUGUCACGAUCUCAUCGUGCUGCCAUCCAUGAUUACUCGGCAUUGAGUACAAUUUUGGAUAUAUAUCAUGAUGUGCUGAAGCACUACAGAGCGUAUUUGGAGGUUGAAGAUGAAGAAACAAAUGACCAUGCUGGAUCGCAACUCAUAAUAGGGAACUAUUGGGCGUGGAUUAAGACAAUUAGCGAUUGGAUACAAGCAUCGCACAAUGAAUGGAGGGGAGACGACUAUCUUGUAAUAGUGCCAUGCUUAACAGUAUUAGUGGACAUUAUCAAAUUAAAACUAUUGAUGUCUGAAUUGGAUGUUGAUGAUCUUGAAACGAUAGAGGCCAUUGACAGUAUAUUGGACGUUGUAAACAAUAAUCUGCCAAAGAUUUGUACACUGAUGACCUUUCCACAUAUAACAGCUAUACGAAGAUUAUUAGAGUUAAUACUACUCACGAUUAAGUCAACUGAUAAUGCAUCAGUGAUCUCCCUCCUCCUCUCAGCUCUAACUCCUUACACGAAUUACCUCACAUCCGUUCUAACGAGCUCGACGUUCUCCGCUUUGACAUCUCCAACUGAAUACACGGAAUUUUUCCUUUCCCAACGACAAUACGAUAACCCCGCGUUCAUCCCUUAUGAUGCAGAAUGUUUGAAACGAGUUAUCAUAAUAUAUAUGAGAAGUGUAGAAGUGUUCUGUGAUAAAUUUGAAAACGAUACUGAUGAAUACGCGACUAAUGAAGAUAUCGAGAAUGGAAUCAGAUGUGUGCUUGAUGCGAUUGAAGGCUUACCAAGUGAUCAGACAGUAGUCGAACACGUUUUUCGUCUGUUCAACAAUAACGAUGCGGAUAUGUUUGACAUUAUGUUAAGUAUGACGAAGCUUGCGAUCAAAAAGACUCAGAAAAAGCUAGAGAGAAAUCAGGGUAAUUGCAAGAAAGGCGAAAACGUCAACCGAUUUCUUGACAUGAUGGUCGAAUUGAGGGAAGCAACAGAAUCAUUGAUGAGACGGCAGUUAUUUCCUUAUAACGCUAGAUCGUUGGUACAAAGGAUUGUAUCUGUUGAGGAAGCACUAAUGAUGUGA